AUGUCGUCGGGGGCACCCUUCGCGUAUUACAUCUCGCCCCUAGAAGGGACGAAAUCGGCUCUACCCUAUUGGCAUAGAUCGGCCAAUAGGAGAGCCGGAUGGGCGUUUUUUACGCUGGCUAACAUAAAACGCGACGGUGGUGAUUUGGACUGGUGCGAAUCCAGCGGCGCGGAAGAUUACGCGGAGGAGGAUUUCAGGAUGGUCGAAACGUCGGCGCCCGCCGCCGUUUUGCCACCCCAUUUCAUGUUUUUGAACGACGGCUUCAAGCCGGUCUACCGGAAAAGUUGCACGGCGACGACAUCGUCGAACCCGAGCGGCGGCAGUUCUUUGUUCACGAUAGACAGCAUACUGGCGAAGCCUAGGGCGAACUCGCCGCCCCAAAGACCGCCCGUAUUUCAAGGUCAACCGGGUAGCUUCCCUUUCGGUCACAUCGCUGCCGCCGGCAACAGCUUCGGGACCACGUCCGCCGAGUUUCUCGCGAUGGCUUAUCCUGGGCUUUAUCCUGGUUACGUCCAUGCCCUUGCGGCUGCAUCUCAAGCUGCUUCUUUGGCCUCUGCCGGUACGCACCAUCAUCAACCUCCCAAGCGAAAACGUCGUCAUCGAACAAUAUUUAGCGAAGAACAGCUCGAACAAUUAGAAGCGACCUUUGAACAAACCCACUAUCCGGAUGUUGUGCUCAGGGAGCAACUGGCACUCAAAGUAGAUCUCAAAGAGGAGAGAGUAGAGGUUUGGUUUAAAAAUAGAAGGGCCAAAUGGCGAAAACAAAAACGAGAGGAACAGGAACGAUUGCGCAAAAUUCAAGAAGAAGACUCUACCAGACCAAACGUCGAAACGCAUAGAAUUCUACCUCAACAUCAAUUUAGCGAAGAUGACUCGUCAGAUUUGGAAGUAGCUUAG